CUCCAAGGCGUAUGGUGUGGAAGCCACAAGGCACACACAUGUGGUGUACCGGAUUCAUGCUGUGUGGUGAAGGGUGUGUGGAAUUCUUGCUGCGAGACUCGGAGAUCAUCUCUGCUCUGCCCAAGAAGCCACUGAGAGCCAUCUGUAGAUCAGGAAGACAAAAAGACGCUCCUGAGCCUCAGCGUCACUCAACAGGCACUCAUGCUCAGCAGGCCUUCAGGUCUGAGCCCAGGAACCUCACUGUGCGGAUGGGAGCCACAGCCGUGUUGAGGUGUGAGGUGCUGCGGGCCUCAGGGACGGUGCAGUGGGUGAAAGAUGGCCUCCUACUUGGACCACAGAGAAGCCUGCCAGGCUUUCCACGCUACAGCAUGAUUGGAAACCCCACGAGAGGGCAGUAUCACCUUCAGAUUGAGAAGGCCCAACUGGAAGAUGACGCCUCCUAUGAAUGUCAAGUGGGCCGAUCUGAGAGCAGUCGAGCAAUCAUUUCCAGUACAGUCUGGGUCAACAUGCUAAUUCCUCCUUCCAAGCCAUACUUUGAAGUGGACAUGGCAACACCUUGGACGGCAGGGAAGAAAUACGUUGUCACCUGUAUUGCCCCUGAUGCAAAGCCCAUGGCUGAAAUCACACUUUAUAAAGAUGGAGUCGAGCUGACAGGUGUAGAGUCUUUUAACAUGUCUGGCUCAAAGGAUAAGCUCCUGAACACGCAUGCUGAAGCAACAGUCACCGCUCUGAGCUCUGACAACGGGAGGCAGCUGGCAUGUCAUGCCAAGAAUCCCGCCCUUUUCCGGCCUGUGGAGACAAAAAUGACCAUGAGCGUGCAAUUCCCUCCUCAGCCUCCAGUUAUUGUAGGUCUGGAGAGAGAGGAAGUCAAAGCGGGGAGAAUUCUCGUGUUGGAGUGUGUGUCUCAUGGUGGAAACCCCCUAGCCACUCUCCACUGGACCAAGAAUAAAGAAGUUUUGUCCACAACUUGGAAAAAGGACAUUGAGGCACAGAAGUCCAUCAGUAUCCUCUACCUGAAGAUCACCCCCGCAGAUAAUCAGGCAGUGCUGUGCUGUGAGAGCGUCAAUCUGGUGUCGCUGUCACCUCUGUCUGUCAGCCGCAAAAUCACUGUGCUCUUUGAGCCUGAAGAGGUGACACUGUUGGGUGAGUUUACAACCAUCGAGGGGCAGGACUUGGUUCUGAACUGCUACACCACCUCCAGUAAUCCGCCUGUUCAGAUCCGCUGGUGGCUGGGCUACAAGGAGCUCAACAGCAGUGUUGUAACUAUCAAAGAGGGAGACAAUGGUGGGAUGAUAACCAUAUCCAACAUGACCCACAUAGUCUCCAGGGAGGAUGAUGGGCUGAAACUCACUUGUGAGGCUUUCAACCAGGGCACACACUUCUCCAAGUCACAGACCUCCAUACUCAAUGUCUAUUACCCACCUCUAAAGGUGUGGCUCGAUACUCCCCCUCAAGAUGUCCCCCUCCGAUCAGGGACCACAGUCCGUCUCAUCUGCUUCUCCACUGGAGGGAAUCCCCCUGGGAUGCUGACUUGGUUCAAGAAUGGAAAGGCUUUGUCCGAUGCACUGAAACAGACAUCCUUUGAUCGUGGUGUGGCUCGAGAACUGGUCCUGGUCCUGACGGCCAGUGACAACAUGGCCACCUACCGCUGUGAUGCCACAAAUAAAGCAAAGAAGACAAUCUCUGCCCACACUAAGCUCAUGGUUAACUUUACAGCAAUAAGUAUGAAGAUCUCAACCAAACAGGAGGAGCUACGUCGGGGUCAGAUGCUUACUCUGGAGUGCCAAUCUGGAAGCAGUAACCCUAAGGCCAGCAUCUCCUGGAGCGUGGGUGCACUCAGUUUCCAGGGAGUGGAGCAGCCACCCAAGAAAGCUCACUUUGGUGGUGUGUCAGUGCACAGUUCUCUAUCCCUGAAUCUGAGUUCACAGCAUCACAACAAGAGGGUCAUUUGCCAGGCCUACAGUCCGGUGCUAGCGGAGGGGGCUAACACAUUCUUUAAACUCAAUGUGCUUUACCCACCAGAGUUUAGCCCAGAGCAGCCAACAAAGGUUCAGGUGGUGGAGAACGACAUAGCAACCAUCCCAUUGCUGGUCUCAGCUAACCCAGAGGAGGUCUCCUGCAUUUGGCUGCACCGCAGGGAGAAGCUGGUCAAAGUGGGGUAUCUGCGCUACAACUGGUCAGAUGACAACACACUGGAAAUCAGGAAUGUGACGAGGAAUAAUGCCGGAGUUUACACAGUCAAGUGUUCAAAUGAUGAGGGUGUCAACCAAACCUCCGUCGUGCUGGACGUUCAGUAUGCUCCCAGUGUCAAGGCAGAGAAAGACCCUGUGUUAGUGAACCUGGGGGAAACGGCAGAUCUGAUAUGUGUGGCAGAUGCCAACCCCAUUAUAUCUGACAUGUUCUUUUGGAAAUGGCUGGGAGAAGGGGAGGUGGAGGUGGGACAGGAGACCCAGGAAGACAAAUAUGGCCUUCUGACCAUCCACAAUGUGACUCGGGCUCAUGCUGGUCUUUACCAGUGCACAGCCAAUAAUGGCAUAUCACCCCCUGCCACUGUAGAUGUGCAGCUGAUAGUGCAAUUCAAACCACAGAUUCAGAAAGGAGUCCAAUGGCGGAAGGUAGCAAGCAGAGGGGAUGGCACCACUACAGCUGAGAUUGUGUGUUGGGCAGAAGGUAUUCCUCGUGUCGACUUCUCUUGGGAAAAAAAUGGUGUACUUAUGGACUUUGCAAACCACAGGUAUGAGGAGCAGACUGUGAACGAGGGCUCCUUCCAAACCAGCACAGUCAGAGUUGUAAAUGUGAGCGCAGCUCUGGACUAUGCUGUCUUCAGCUGCACUGCUCGCAACUCACUUGGGGAAGACAAGCUAGACAUCCAACUCGUCAGCACAAAUCACCCAGAUCCUCCCACGUUGUUUCGCCAAGUCAACGUCACCCACAACUCGGUCACUCUGGAGUGGAUCCCCAGCUUCAAUGGUGGUUUGCAGCAAAGAUUUCGUAUAAGAUACCGUUCAGAUCAGUCAGCCAGUUUCCUCUACAUAGACGUCUUUCCUCCCAGAGCAUCAACCUUCACCGUCACUGGCCUGCAGCCUGUCACCACCUACAACUUCUCUCUCAAUGCCAUUAAUGCAAUUGGAGAGAGUGGCUAUGCUGACAACAAUGCAGUUCUCACCAUCACCACCAUGGAGAGGCCAGCAGAAGUCAUAAUAGAGGAGAGUGGAUGGCCAGCCUAUCUGACAGGAGCCUUGACAGUGGUGUUUGGAGUCCUGCUGGUAUUGAACUCAUUGGGUUGCUUCUUUGGAUUGAGGUGGAAAAAGAGGCGAGGCCAGACAGGGGGAAAAGGAGGCAGUGUGUUUGGGGGAAAGAAGAAUGAAGAGGACGGGUCCAGUCAGUCAGCUGUAAGCAACUCCAAUAAGUAUGAGAGCAGAGAAAAGAUCAAUGCCGCAGCCCAGCGCACCCUCCUACUCGACUCUGGAUCUGAAAGCGACAACAAUGUCUACGAGAGCUAUGCGGCGGAAAGUUCCCAUUAUUAUUACCCCACCGGUGACUACAUGCCUCCUCUCAGACCGCUCCCUGAGGAAAAGCGUAGGCUCGAUGUCACCCACCUCCCGUUGGACGCUCAAAGGCAUCUGUAUGAAGAUGUAAGAGACGGGGGUCUGUACCAGGACAUCCUGGCCUCCUCUCUUCCUUCCCCUCCGUCUUUGUUUGACCACAGAUUGCCUCAUCAAAGGAAUGAGUGGAGAUCACCAACCUACCCUCAGCAGGCUGCUGAGAGAGCGAGGGAUGUUCGACAACUGCAGAGAGAUUCUGAUCUUCCCUUUGAACUCCGAGGCGAAUUAGUCUAGAAGGAGAAGGUCAGAGCACACAAAUGCGCUUUGACGGGCUUUGUGACUCAACAGUAGUCCCUGAGUACAGUGUAGUAUAGGAGAUAUUAAAUGCAAUGUUCCUUUUGGUUUUUAUUCCUUUUGAAUGGUCACCUUAAAUGUACCUAUCACAAGAGAAGAAUGGAGCUGAAUGCUUGAUGUAAAAUGUCAUGUAAUACAGUGUUUCACUUUCACAAUU